GUUAAACCCAGGGGCCAGUCACGCUCGCCAUCGGUGCAUCAUGGCCCUCCUUGGGGCGGCCUUUGGCCAAUGGCAGAGGACGCGGUCCUGGAAUGGGUUGCGCAGGUGGCGCGGCCGGUGCGGGGCCUCCGGGAGCUGCAGGAUGGCGAGGUCCUGCUGCAGGUGAUGCGGGAUGUGAACCCGGAGGACUUUCAGGACAACGGGCUCCGGGGCUUGCAGGAGGGCCUGCUGCGCCAUUUUCAGGGCCGCCCGGGCAGUGGCUUCCAUAGCGCCCAGCAGCUGGAGCGAGCUGGCGGGUUAGAAGUGGCGCAGCUGGUGAUCUGGGCCACGCUGGACAACGACCUGCCGCAGCGCACCAAGUAUGUCGAGAUCUGCCAGCAACUGAGCCCCGGCGCUGCGCAGCAGAUCAUGCUGCUGGUGGAGCGCUUCAGCGAGGAGCCGGGCACUCCGGCGCCAGCGACCCCCACCCGCUUCUCCUUCCCCGGGUCCUCCCCCAGCGUGCGCACCGAGCUGCCAGACUUCCUGGAACUGGGCCUCGACGCGGAGACGAGGUUCCGGAGGCUCAAGGAGCACUACAUCGCCCUGAAGGAGGAUCAGGAGCGCUGGGAAGAGGAGCGCCAGAGGCUCAUAGCAGACGUGGAGGCAGAGCGGAAGAAGCGAGUGGACGCGGAGGAGCAGCAGCGGGUGCUGAAGGUGGACCUGCGCCUGGCGGAGGAACAGGCGGAACGGGCCAAGGAGGACCAGCGCACCGCCCUGGAGAUGAAGCUUGAGCAAGAGAUGUCCAGCUGCCAGCAGGCGCUGCGGCGGAAGGAUCAAGACGUGGAGCGCCUGAGGGAGGAGUUGGACGUGGCGAAGAGCCAGGCGAUCCAAAGUCAGAAGUGGCAAUCCCAGGUGGAGAUGCUCAAGAAGAAGCUGGAGGAGUGCCAAGCGUGGAAGAGGGAGAAGGAGGAGCUCCGCAAGCAACUGGACGAGAUCGCCUCGCAGCAGGCGGGGUCCACCAUGGAGCAUCUCCACGGGCGCCUGGCGCAGCUCCGCGAGGAUGUGCAGGUGGUGUCGCGGGAACGUGAUCAGGCCCAGAUGCAGGUGAAGCUCCUCCAAACGGAGCUGGCCAGCCGCGAGGCCGAGGACACCGCGGAGCGCCCGCAGUCCGCGGCUCCGCACCCCGACGCCGACGCGGCGCGACCGGCGGCUCCAUCAGCGCUGGCGCGGGAGAUGGCGCCGGAGAACGAGGCGCUGAGGGCGGCCAAGGAGCUCCAGUCUCAGCUGGCCCUCCGGGAACGGGAGCUGCAGGUGCUUCAGUGGCGGAGCCAGGCGGAGAGUAGUUCCUUGCAGGCCCAGGAGACUCUGAUGGCCUCAGCCUUCCACGAGUUGGGCCUCAGGUAUCACCAGCUGCAGGUGCAGCACAGCCAGCUGAAGCGACAAUUGGGGAAGGAGGAUGCCUGAAGGAUCCUUCGCUAGGUUGCCCCCGUUGCCGUGUGCUUCUUGCUUUGGGCAAGGAGGGGAACCUACUGGCCCAUGACCUUUUAACAAGGGGCUAGUAGGUUCCCCCCUUGGGCAUGAAGCUUCGUGCCCCUUCUCUGGCCCAUCGCUGGGCUCUCUGGAGAUCUUAGGUCAAGUUGCAGGUCUCGCGUGCUGUCGACAACGAUUCGCUGCGCAAGGGUAGGCAUUGCAAUCCG